ACCCGCCGGGAGCUGCCGAGAAGGGAGAGAUGGCUCCCGGGACACGUGUGAGCCCUCGGCGUUGCUGACGCCCCCAAUGUCGUCGAGCAGCCGGGGGCCGGGGGCCGGAGCGCGCCGACGCCGAACCCGCUGCCGCCGCUGCCGGGCCUGUGUGCGAACUGAGUGCGGGGACUGCCACUUCUGCCGAGAUAUGAAGAAGUUCGGGGGGCCCGGGCGCAUGAAGCAGUCGUGCCUGCUCCGGCAGUGCACUGCCCCUGUGCUCCCGCACACCGCUGUGUGCCUCCUGUGUGGGGAGGCUGGGAAGGAGGACACGGUGGAGGGAGAGGAGGAGAAAUUCGGUUUGAGCCUCAUGGAGUGUACAAUCUGCAAUGAGAUCGUCCACCCUGGCUGCCUGAAGAUGGGGAAGGCUGAGGGUGUCAUCAAUGCUGAGAUCCCCAACUGCUGGGAGUGCCCCCGCUGUACCCAGGAAGGCCGGACCAGCAAGGAUUCAGGAGAGGGCCCGGGCCGCCGGAGGGCCGACAAUGGCGAGGAGGGUGCCAGCCUGGGGAGUGGGUGGAAGCUGACGGAGGAGCCGCCGCUCCCACCCCCCCCACCCAGGCGCAAGGGCCCCCUGCCUGCCGGUCCCCCUCCGGAGGAGGUGCCUGGGCCCCCCAAGCGAAAGGAAAGGGAGGCAGGGAAUGAGCCCCCUACCCCAAGGAAAAAGGUGAAAGGAGGCCGAGAGAGGCACCUGAAGAAGGUGGGUGGCGAUGCCUGCCUCCUCCGAGGAUCGGACCCAGGCGGCCCCGGCCUCCUGCCCCCCAGGGUUCUGAACCCGAGCCAGGCUUUCUCGUCUUGCCACCCUGGGCUCCCUCCCGAGAACUGGGAGAAACCAAAGCCGCCUUUGGCCUCUGCGGAGGGCCCCGCGGUGCCGUCCCCGUCCCCGCAGAGGGAGAAGCUGGAGCGCUUCAAGCGGAUGUGCCAGCUGCUGGAGCGGGUGCCCGACACCUCCUCGUCCUCCUCGGACUCGGACUCCGACUCGGACUCCUCCGGCACCUCGCUGAGUGAGGACGAGGCUCCCGGCGAGGCCCGCAAUGGGCGCCGGCCGGCCCGGGGCAGCUCCGGCGAGAAGGAGAACCGUGGGGGGCGGCGGGCCGUGCGCCCGGGCAGCGGGGGCCCCCUGCUCAGCUGGCCCCUGGGCCCUGCGCCGCCACCCCGGCCCCCGCAGCUGGAGCGGCACGUGGUACGGCCACCCCCUCGGAGCCCCGAGCCCGACACACUACCUUUAGCUGCUGGAUCCGACCACCCCCUGCCUCGGGCCGCCUGGCUGCGUGUCUUCCAGCACCUGGGGCCCCGGGAGCUGUGCGUCUGCAUGCGCGUCUGUCGGACGUGGAGCCGCUGGUGCUAUGACAAGCGUCUAUGGCCUCGCAUGGACCUGAGCCGGCGAAAGUCGCUGACCCCGCCCAUGCUCAGUGGUGUUGUUCGGCGCCAACCCCGGGCCCUGGACCUCAGCUGGACAGGUGUCUCCAAGAAGCAGCUCAUGUGGCUCCUGAACCGACUGCAAGGCCUGCAGGAGCUGGUGCUCUCCGGCUGCUCCUGGCUCUCGGUGUCCGCCCUGGGCUCUGCCCCGCUGCCGGCCCUCAGGCUCCUGGACCUCCGCUGGAUCGAGGACGUCAAAGACUCCCAGCUCCGGGAGCUGCUGCUGCCUCCGCCCGACACCAAACCAGGCCAAACGGAGAGCCGGGGGCGGCUGCAGGGGGUAGCAGAGCUGCGCCUGGCAGGCCUGGAGCUGACCGACGCCUCCCUGCGGCUCCUGCUGCGCCACGCGCCCCAGCUGAGCGCCCUGGACCUGAGCCACUGCGCCCACGUCGGGGACCCCAGCGUCCACCUCCUCACAGCCCCCACCUCCCCGCUCCGCGAGACCCUCGUGCACCUCAAUCUCGCCGGUUGCCACCGCCUCACAGACCACUGCCUCCCGCUCUUCCGCCGCUGCCCACGCCUCCGCCGCCUCGACCUGCGCUCCUGCCGCCAACUCUCGCCAGAAGCUUGUGCCCGGCUGGCAGCUGCCGGGCCCCCAGGCCCCUUCCGCUGCCCAGAGGAAAAACUCCUUCUCAAGGACAGCUAGUGGGGCGCCCCCCUCGCCUUCCCCCGGGACUCAUCCAAAGCCUCUGGCUUUCAUUUCAGCCCUGCCAGGAGGCCAGGUUCCCCACCUCUGGUUCCAAGACUUGGGAUUCCUGCCCAGGGACUAGAGCCGGCCUCCACGCCCCCCUGCCCCCCCUGCACUGAUAUCUCUGGGGGUCUCUCCUACCCAUCCCCUCCCCCGUCCACCUACUUCAUUGUCCAUCCCCUGGGGGGAGUGGGUCAGAGGUACUGGGGGGUGCUGAGCCAA